AUGGCUGCGGUGUGUAGCGCAGGUACUUCUUGCCAGAGGGCAGCUCUUUGGUGUAGACGCCCUCUGGGAACAAAGAGGCAGCCUCCUCCUCAGACAGGUUGGGAGGGACCAUCACACAGUCUCCAGGCUGGAGCACGACAGACAGCAGAAAAGAAACAAGAUUUGUGGCUGUCUAAGCGGCUCGGAGUGUGCGCCUGUGAGGAGUCUCCAUGGGGCAGCAUACGGCCCCUGGUGCGCUUAGUGGAGUUCUCCGGGCAUGUCAUCCCGUGGCUCGUCGGCACCGUGUACACUCUGCUCCGGGGGGAGAACGUGGCGGAGCAGGAGAUCAUGCUCAAUCUGGCCCUAGCUCUGCUGUUGGACCUGCUCUUGGUCAGAGUUGUGAAGACUCUGGUCAGACGUCGCAUGCCUGUCCAGAACCGCUCUGACAUUCUCUCUACCUUCUUCGUGGAACGCUACUCCUUCCCCUCGGGCCACGCCACACGGGCUGCCAUGUGUGCCCGGUUCCUCCUAGCCCAGCAGGUGGACACAGCCUCUAUGCGGGUCCUGGUGGUGGGUUGGGCCACCCUGGUGAGCCUGUCCCGGCUGUUGCUUGCCCGACACUAUGUGACUGAUGUGGGCUUUGGCUUGGCUAUGGGUUACUGCCAAUAUAGUCUUGUGGAAAGGUUGUGGGUGACCUGGGACUGCCUGCAGGACAUACUGCUCAUGCGACUGAGAGAGAGACUCAACAGGGCUUACGGUGGACUCUGGAUGGCAGAUUGGAAACACUAGGUUUGGUGGAAGUGUGUGUGUGCGUGGGGAAAAUGUGUAGCAUGAGUGUGUGUAAUUCAGAAAUUCCCUGCUGUUAUAAAAAGUGAACUUUAUUAUUUAUUGGAUUAUAUCAAAUUUACUCCAGUAUGAAUAGAAUUUGUCUGUUUUAUGUGUAUCUUUAAUUCAAAGAAUGAAGGAAAGCUUGUUUACGCAAAGGUGUUGAUGAUGCAUGGACUUAAAGGUGCAGUGUGUAAGUUUAAGGGGUGGCAGAAAUGGAAAAUAAGUAAGUUCAUAAGUGUGUUUUCAUCAGAAUAUAAUCAUGUGAAACAAAGAAAAAGAAUAGUUGUUUUUGUUGAUGGACGGAGUCCCCCAUUUUAAACCUCCAUGUUUCUACAGUAGCCCAGAACGGACAAAUCAAACACUGUUUUGCAACCACUGUAGUUUUUCCUUCAUGCUUGGAAAGAGUGGGUGAGGCGAGCAGUAUUCACUUAGUACUCACUCCUACACACUGGACCUUUAAUCUUACAAUUCCAAAAACCAAAGCUGAAUUUAAUCAAAGCCUUUUUUUAAAAAAAAAUUAAUAAAAAGCCAAUUCAAAUAAACUGUGUGUACAGAUGUAGUUUUGCAUCUUACUGAGACAGUGUGUUCGUUUGGUGCCGAGUAUGAAACCUUAUGUGUGAAAACUGUCUGCUUCCUUAUAAAGUGAGAGCUCUGUAUGUGGUGGCAUGCUGUCUUUGAAGAGUGUGUGUAGUUUUAUAGUGACCUGAAACAGUCUGUUUGAACACUGGUGGGCCCAAGUCAACUCACACUCACCCAAGUUUUUCCAUCAGCUGCUGCUGCCGAGUCUCCUGAUUGUCAUUAUAAUACAUGCCAUCUCCUCUUACAGUCCGCUGCCAUCCACCGUCUCUAACAUACCAGUGCAAAUUCCAAACUAAACUAUGAAAACACAUGGUUUGUGGUUUUGCCUUUAAAUUGAUAAACCAGAGAGCGGACAAGUUCUUUAGCAUGAUUGAAGCAGAAAAAAAAUGUGUAUGCACAAUGCAGAUGCAAGCAGUUGUCCACAGAGGGCAG